UUAUCGGAGCCGGUAGGGAAGAGUGGCUGAACGGCGUGAGUGCAGGCAAGCUGCUGUUGUUCGUGUGUCUGCUGUUGAGGAUGUCAUCUGUAUGCUAGAAGGCUUGUGAUAACUCUUGAAUGAAACAAAUUUUUAGCUCGAGGUCACUUUCUUUUGGAAAAUUAUGUUUUGCCUGUCUAAAAUUCCCCGGAGUUUGGACUCUUUUAGGAUUGGAUUUUUGUUUUGUUUUUUUUUGAAGAUCGCUGAAGAAAAAUGCCUUCCUUGGGAGGAAAAGUGCAGACUGUCUUGGGCCUUGUAGAACCGGACCAGCUUGGCUACACAUUGACUCAUGAGCACUUGACUAUGAACUACAGCUGCUGCUACUGUCCCCCUGCACCAGACCAAAAACCUCUGUCCGAGGGGCCCCUUGAGAUGAAGAACUUGUUUUGGAUUAAGCAGAAUCCCUAUAGCCAUAAAGAAAACCUUCUUUUGUGUCAGGAGACUGAUGCUGUAAAGGAGGAGCUGUUGCUUUUUAAAGCAGCAGGUGGUGGGACUAUAGUGGAAAACACAACCACAGGAAUUAGUCGGGAUAUGAAUACUUUGAAGAAACUUGCGGAAGAAACUGGAGUCCAUAUUAUUGCUGGGGCUGGGUUUUAUGUGGAUUCCACUCAUUCUUCUCAUACACAGGCCAUGACAGUGGAGCAGCUUACAGGCGUUAUUGUUGAUGAGAUACUCAGUGGAGCGGAUGGGACGAACAUAAAGUGUGGUGUGGUGGGAGAAAUCGGCUGCUCCUGGCCCUUGACUCCCAGUGAACGCAGAGUGCUUCAGGCGACCGCACACGCUCAGUCACAGCUUGGGUGCCCCGUUAUAAUCCAUCCUGGCAGAAAUAGUGAUGCACCUUUCCAGAUUAUCCGCGUUCUGCAAGAAGCUGGGGCCGAUGCUUCAAAAACGGUCAUGUCUCACCUUGACAGGACUAUAUUUGAUGCAAAGGAACUUCUGCAGUUUGCUGAACUUGGAUGCUAUUUAGAGUACGACCUAUUUGGUACAGAAUUUCUUCAUUACCAGUUCUACCCUGACAUUGAUAUGCCAAGUGACAAUGAAAGAAUUGCAAGGAUUCGGAUGCUGAUCAAUGAAGGCUAUGAAGACAGAAUUCUGAUGGCUCAUGAUGUGCACACUAAGAAUAGGUUGAUGAAAUAUGGCGGUCAUGGAUAUUCACAUAUCCUUAAAAAUAUAGUUCCUAAAAUGCUAAUUAGAGGCAUAUCCCAAAAUAAAAUUGAUAAAAUACUCCUAGAAAAUCCAAAGCGAUGGUUGACUUUUAAGUAGGGAUAAGGAAUAAAUAUUCCUGUUUUUUAGUAAAGCUUGAUAAAAUUCAUAUUUGUUUCAGGAGAACAGCCAUUUUAAAUUUUGGUUCUUUUGAGAUAAACUAUGAGAUAUUAAUAAGAUACCAACAAACUGAUUGCGACUUCUCUUUUUAAUUAAAACAACAAAAUUAUAUAUUCUGUCUACAUUUUCUCCCUUCUAAAAGUCUGUUCAUGAAUGAUUUACUGGAUAUGAGCCACCUGCAAAAUCUUUUCAAUUAAUUAUUAGAUUACUCUCUAGAAACAGUUAUUUUAAUUCUGUUGUUAUAUGUUAUCCAAAAUAUUUUCCAAGAUGCAUCAUCUGUGCUUUGGAGGAAAUUCAGUGCUUUGAAUUAAAUUCUCCCCCUUGUGGGAAUGAUUUUAAUCCUUGUAAUAUUACUAAUCUGUUAAUUAUGUUCAUAUCCUUUUAAGUAAUGCUUGAUAAAAGGUAUGGCACUUUUAAAUAGCUUCCAAAGACAACAGGAGGUAACAGAAGUUUCAAAUAAUUAUAAAAAGAUAUUGUUUCUUUCUAAUUUAACAACUUAUUUUUAAAUGAAAAUGUAAAAAAUGCAUGGAAAAAUAUAUUUUUGAAUAAAGCAAUGGAAAAAUAUAUUUUUGAAAAAAGUAAUUUGUAGACCUCUUAAACUGUGUGCAGUAUUGUUAUAGAUGUUUUUUUAAAUCACCUCAGAUUUU